AUGAAGAACAAGUGUUCAAAGAUCUUUCUGUUUUACGUGGUAUUAGAUACCGCAACAUUAAUUGUUGCUACAGAUGUUACGACAAGAAUUAGAGAAGGAAUACAAAAUUCUUUAUCUGUGUUACAUCAAGGUGAUUUGCCCGUUGUUUUAAAAUCUUUGCAAUUUCUUCCCAUAUCACUAGAAAGUAAAGAUAGCCCAAGGAUUGAAGAUGAGGCUGCAGAGAAAAAGCCGAAUAUUACAGAUAACUUAAAGAAUUUGUCAAAGCGCCAAGCAGUAAAUUCGAUGGUUGGCGAAAAUUGCGAAUCUCAUUUGCAAUCAAACGCAUCUCUGAUAGAAAAGUUAAAAAAUUAUUCUUGUGAAACAGAGGCUUUGAACUAUGGCCACGAACAUCUGGUUGACACUAUAGUUCAUGAAUUCUUUUGUGAACUAAACAAACUCUUUCAUUUUAUUUUAAUCGCUAAACAAAAUUUAAAGACUAAAUCUCCAUUAACCCAGCUAUUUAAUAUAACGGAAGAUGCAAUUUCUUUCACAGAAUUUACAUUUAGCGAAACUUUACCUGAAGUUGUGGAAACUAGUAUAGUGCACUUCGAAGAAUUUUUACAAAAUCCUGAGAAUAUGAAAGGACUGAUUGAUGAAAUACAAAAAUCGAUUUCUAUUCUUACUCCUAUUAUCAAAUGUGUAAAUAAGUUAAGUGCUCCUAUUAAAAAGUUUUUCAAUCACACUGAGAAACUUUUUGGAUACCUUAAAUCCGAUUACAGUUAUCUGGAUAUCAUGAAAAAGUUUGAAGAAGAAAUUUCUCAGUUGAACAAAGCAAUAUUAAGUUUAUUUUAUGGAUAUGUAUUAAAUCCUGUAGAGGAAACGACAAAUUUAUUUUCUGAAGCAAUGACACAGAUAGAAUCGGUAUUCGAUAAUUUUACAACUUACAUUCAAGGAAAAUGGUUUCGGUAUCUAGCAGUUUUAGAGGAAGGUAUUGACAUUUUACUAUCCUUUUACAAUGGAUAUUUCGCUUCUGAAUUUUCGCAAACUUUAGUUACAAUGUUUUCAACAAACAAAUUCUUUGAACAAUAUUCAUUGAGUGAAAAAAGUUCAACAAACAUUCAGACAACGCUAACUCUUGAUGAAAAUAAUUAA